AGCGCGGCGUGGCCCCACCCCGUCUCUCCCAGACUCUUGCCUAGCCCUACCUCAAUGUAGGCUCCUGUUCUCGGGAAAGGAGAGCAAGAGGAAAGGGGGAGGAAUAUAAAGAAAAAAGAAUAAGCUCCAAGAAGAAACAUUACUUCCCUUGCUUUGCGACUCCCACAAGCCUGCGCCGGCUGCGGAGCGACGACGGCGGCGGAAGAGGAGGAGGGCGGCCUAGGCGGCGCAAAUGUGCUGCUUCGACUAGCUAGCUUGUGUGCUAUAUUUUUUUCUUUUUUGUUGCUUUCUGGCGAAUGUUAACGCACACGCAGUGUGCUAACCUGUAGCUUUUUUCGACAGAGCUCGGAACUAUGGGGGAGGAAUAUGCAUGAAUGUGUACGAGCGUGCUUGUGCGUGCACGUACAGGCCUCAUGUAGGCUCCCCUAAGCCCAGUCUGACAGCCAGCUGCUUUUCACCCUAACAACAAACCUGGAGACAUUUUGAGGCUGCCACCCUCCACCUCCACACACCUCCACACUUUACGCCUCCAUUUUCUGCUCCGGAUUAUUUACGUGUUGGAUUUGGAUCCGAACCGGCCAAAAGUGUAACUGCGGGAUCGUUUGUGAUGUGAGGGGGUGAUAACACCAGCCAGGGACACGCACGCUUGAGACCCCCGGAGGAGGGCCCCCUACUUUGGAGGAGAAAACGCAGCAAUCCGAAUAAGGAGGAGAACUCGUGGAGCUGUUUUCGGAACCGGCCCAGAAGACUGUUGCCCUCUGGCUCAGCUUGCUGCAGAGAACUGGUCCGGAAGCAAUGAAAAUAUCACACAUGUAGCUGUAGUUCGUUUACUUCCUACUGGUGGGGCCCCUUAACAACUAAAACACCGCCGUACCGAACCAAUUGAACCUUUAAAAAAAAUGCGUGUUUUGAAAGGAGACUUGGGACCGAGCCGCGCCGCCGUGCGGUUGAGCGUUACACUCACGCCGAUUUGCGCUGACUUUCGCGGGCAGCAGUGAGACGCAAGACCCGGGCUUUGGCUGAUGCACACCGGGCUCCUCGUCUUCUGCUCCCUGUUCCUCUUCUCCGAGAUCAAGCGCCACUUUUGCCGUAGCUGUCAUUUUUACAAGUCAUCACUGACAAUUGUCGAGACCGAAGUAACUGAGGAAAGAACAAGCAACGUAAAAGGAGAAAAGAAUCCGGCCCUGUCUGUGGCGUUAGCAACACCAACUGCUUCGAUUUUUGGACACGAAAACUCCCUCCACGGACUUAAAUUACAAACAUUCUGGACCUGGACGGAUAGACUACUACUACCCACUACCUUUUUUUUUUUUUUUUACCGGGCCGUUGGAGGAAACUUCUCCGUAUUUGAGCCGCUCCUGCCCUAACCCUCGGGUGAAACGUUGGCUCUAGACUGGUCCGCUCACCUUUUCGCUUACUUUCUCUCCUUGGACUCCCCAUUCUUUUGCCUUUCCCUGCGGGAAGAUGGGUUGUUUGGGCAACAGUAAGACUGAAGACCAGAGAAAUGAGGAGAAGGCUCAGAGAGAAGCAAACAAAAAGAUCGAGAAGCAGCUCCAAAAAGACAAACAAAUCUACCGAGCAACACACAGACUAUUGCUUUUAGGAGCUGGCGAAUCUGGAAAGAGCACAAUUGUGAAACAGAUGAGGAUUCUCCAUGUCAACGGCUUCAAUGCAGAUGAGAAGAAACAAAAAAUUCAGGAUAUCAAGAAUAAUAUCAAAGAGGCCAUUGAGACAAUAGUGACGGCUAUGAGCACGCUGAUGCCUCCGGUGCAGUUGGCUUGUCCUGACAACCAAUUCCGCAUUGAAUACAUCCUCAACCUCGUCAACCAGAAGGAUUUUGAGUUUCCAUGCGAGUUUUACGACCAUGCAAAAACACUGUGGCAGGACGAGGGCGUCAAGGUGUGCAUUGAGAGAUCCAAUGAGUACCAACUCAUCGACUGUGCACAAUACUUCCUAGACAAAAUUGACAUCGUGAAGCAGAGUGACUACACUCCAUCAGAUCAGGAUCUGCUGCGGUGCAGAGUGCUGACAUCAGGGAUCUUUGAAACAAGGUUCCAAGUGGAUAAAGUUAAUUUCCACAUGUUUGAUGUUGGUGGUCAACGAGAUGAGCGCCGGAAAUGGAUCCAGUGCUUUAAUGACGUGACGGCCAUCAUCUUCGUGGUGGCCAGUAGCAGUUACAACAUGGUGAUCAGAGAGGACAAUCAGACCAACCGUUUACAGGAGGCUCUCAACCUCUUCAAGAACAUCUGGAACAACAGGUGGCUGCGAACCAUUUCUGUCAUCUUGUUCCUAAAUAAACAGGACCUCCUUGCGGAGAAAGUGCUGGCAGGGAAGUCCAAAAUUGAGGAAUACUUUCCGGAAUUUGCUCGCUACACUACACCUGAUGAUGCGACACCCGAACCUGCAGAAGAUCCCCGUGUCACAAGGGCGAAGUACUUCAUAAGAGAUGAAUUCUUGAGGAUCAGCACUGCCAGCGGCGACGGGAGGCACUACUGCUACCCCCACUUCACCUGCGCCGUCGACACGGAAAACAUCCGCCGCGUCUUCAACGACUGUCGAGACAUCAUCCAGAGGAUGCACCUGCGGCAGUACGAGCUCUUGUGAUGGGACGGCAAAAAAAAAAACGUAAAGGAAAAAGCAAAUCAAAAACAGAACAAACUUGGGAACACCCUGAGUCUUUGAACUCUUCCACAGACAUGCCAAAAAGACACGUCACACAGUACACGAUGCCAACUUCCCCUUGCUGCUAACUCCGAGUCUGGGGGGGGCGUGGCCUAAAGCCAACAUUCACUUUGGCCACUUUCCUCCUCUUUCACGCAGUCUGGACUGGAAUUCACUUUACAUUUGCAGCCACGUGGAGUGCUGCUACUUUGAUGGAACGAGCAAACUGUAACAGAUCUCAUCUACUACACAGAAAUAAGUGUCAUGCUCAGGAUUUUGGAUCAAACCGUACAUGUGAGCAUGAGGAUGCGCGCGCGCGCACACACACACACACACACACACACACACACACACUGCAGUCCUUCCUCUCACAUAUGCAUAUCGCGAUAUUCAAAAGUAACAUCAAAUCUGCAUUUACUGAGUUGCAAAAGAAAUCCAGAAACUGUUAUGCAGAGUGGCCUCCCACUUUUAUUUUGAUUUUUUUUUUCUCCAACCCAUUGGAGCCCAGUUGCAGGGUUGACAAGUUUAAAAGCAAAGAAAGAGGUGUUUUCUUUGUCUUGUCCGCAAAUGGGACAGGUGUCUCCCUUCGGCCCCCUGCUGGAAUUUGAAAUCAACACAAGGACAAUGGAACGGAGGAACCAUCCCUCCUCCACUUGACUAAAAAUGAUACAUCGUACGUUUGAGUUGAAGACUUCUAUGGGACUUAGCAAACGGGGAAAAAAAAGUAUCCAAUACAGUAUCUAAGUUAAAGAAAAAUAUCUUUUGCCAACACAACUGUUUGUUUGUUUUUUCUUACUUUUGGGGGUCUGUGUGGACUUGUGUGCCAUUGUGCCCUGCGUGGUCUUUUUCUCUCAUUUUCUCCUCCUUCCUCAAACCACCGCUUUUUCUCUUCUGACUUACAUCUGCACUAGAGAGG